CGAAAGAACAAGAAUCGAGCGCGAAGAAAUCACAUCGGUUUACCCUAGCUCGUGAAAAAGAUAUUGGAUAUUGGAUUUUGACCUUCGUGAUAGGUUCGAAGUCGUUUGGCAUUCUGGUAAAGGUUUAGAUCAUGUACUGUAAGACUAUGCGCCCGCUGGGCCGUUCUGCCUACAGAAAUGGUAACGUAGUUGGCACGGGAAUAAUACGAUCUAAGGGAAUGGUUAUACUGGCUGGUAACUCGCACCCUGAGUUAGUCAAAGCUGUUUGUAACCAUCUUGACGUUCGUCCUGGAAACUGUUCGGUAUUUUUUCGAUCAAGUCGCGAGACGAACGUUGAGAUUAAAGAAACUGUCCGGGGUCGGGAUGUUUAUAUCAUUCAGUCGGGAACUAAGGAUGUUAACAACGACAUUAUGGAGCUAUUGAUUAUUGCUUACGCAUGCAGAUCAGCUUGUGCUCGUAAAGUCAUUGCGGUGGUACCUUACCUACCCUACUCAACCCAAAGUAAACGGAGGAAGCGUGGUCCUAUCACCAGCAAACUUGUAGCCAAAAUGCUCUGUUCUUCAGGAAUUAACCAUUUGAUCACUUUGGACCUUCAUUCAAAAGAGAUUCAGGGUUUUUUCGAUGUUCCGGUUGACAAUUUGCGGGCUUCUCCGUUUUUGACGAAGUAUAUUGAAACAUACAUAACUGAUUAUCGAAACGCAGUCAUUGUUGCUCGAAAUCCCGGGGUAGUGCCUCGAGCUACCAGUUAUGCCGAACGUUUGAGGCUACCGCUAGUUGUUAUUCAUGGAGAAGAACGAGAUGAAAUUUACAAUAGUGACGGUCGUAAUUCUCCACCUUUGGACCAAAGUGCUACAGAAAAAAGAUCUACACAAGUCGGCAUUGAACUUUUACCUAUGAUGAUACCUAAGGCUAAACCACCUUUAACCGUAGUUGGUGAUGUGAAUUCAAGAAUCGCUAUCAUAAUUGACGACAUUAUAGAUGAUGUAUCAUCGUUUGUUACUGCAGCUGAACUUCUCCGUGAACGCGGUGCUUACAAAAUAUUUGUUUUUGCAACUCAUGGUCUACUCAGUUUGGAUGCACCACGUCUGUUGGAAGAAAGUUGUAUAGAUGAAGUUGUUGUAACAAAUACAGUGCCACAUGAAGUACAAAAAAUGCAAUGCCAUAAAAUUCGUACCGUUGACAUAAGUAUAUUAUUAGCAGAAGCUAUCCGACGUAUUUACAAUGAUGAAUCUAUGUCGUAUCUAUUUAUGAAUGUACCGAAAGAUGAUUAAUUCAUUGAUUUCUUUUUCUUUUUCUCACAAUUACCGUUGUUAGAAAAGAGACAGCACCAAACUAUUUAUGAUUAGUUAAGUAAAAAUUGUUCUACAUUGUCUAAAUUAUCAAUUUGAUGCUCUAGUUUAUUAACUUGCUACUAUUGUGUGUAUAAUCAAUUAUUCUUUUUUCUACCAUUAUAAUUAAAUAUUUCUGUACUCGGCUAGAUUUUUGUUCAUCUCGCUUAAAAAUUGUACAUAUUUACCAAAUAUCACAGUGAAUACUAGUGAUUUCGCUCAACACUAAAACUUUACGGGUUAUAAUUUUUUUUUUCGUUACUGUUGUUUUCUUUCACAAAAGCUUUUAUCUUUUAAUCAACACUAACUUAACAGUUCGCUUUCAUUUGUCUAAUGAAUGAAGUUUAAGUUGUGAUCAUUGUAUGUUUCCUUUAUAAUAUUUUAUGUGCAGCAAUAACAUUAACUGACAUAUUAACAGAUUGUGGCGGUGGAAAUUCGAUAGCUUCCUAAAUUUCGUUUACUGGUCGUCCUGGCGACCGUUACUACAGAACGCUAGUCAUUGCUACAAUUUCUUUAUUAUUCAAAAUAUAUAAUGAUUUAUACAAUUAUCGAAUUUACUACAAAUAUAAAAUAGUCGAUAUUGUUA